AUGGUAGCUGAUUCAAAUGAUGAUGGAACAUUCGCUCAGAAACUAGAAGUAGAGCAAAUGAGGAGUAUAUUGGAAGAGGCGAUUGUGGAAACGCGCAGUACGCCUCUCGAAAAUCGACCGCGACUUCCGCGCAUAGUCCUAAGCAAGCAAAAUCGGACUGUCGUGAGUGCUCUGAACCCAAUACUGGUGACCUAUUUAGAAGCCAACCGGGACCUUUGCGAUACGGACUCAAUUCUUUUUGGCGCCGCUCUGGCAGUCUGCCGUAUUAUAAGCGCCAAGGUUUCCACGGCUGGACGCACUACUGGCCAAAGUAGCGCUAUCCCAGCAUGGAGAAGAAGAAUUGAGGAGCGUGUCGCAAAGCUCUCAUCGGCAGACUAUCAUGAUAUGCUUCAGAUCAGGCAAUAA